AGACCCGGGUUGCUUGGGUGCUUCGGUUGGGGUGAUCCGUAGUGCGCAAACGCUAAGCCGAAACACCCAAAAAACAACCCACCUGUCAAAAAUAUGAAUAGGUUCCAGAAAGUCUUUCACAUAAAUUGAAUCAUCGCGAGUUUGUGUAGUGAAACAAAAAAGAAUUUUGCCAAAAAAAAAGUACCAAAUACCAACCGAGCAGCCAAGGAAAAAGAGCAACCCACCAACAAAAGAAUAACCAAGCGUAAUAAUAUAAACAUAAAAUAAAGAAAUCAGGAUAUGGAACAGAUCUGGCACAAAGUUUGCAAGCACUACGAUGUGCCCGAGCAGGUGGCCACCACCUGGUAUAAACGCAUUGAGCAACAGCUGAGCGUGGACAGUCCGACCCGUGCUUACCAUAACUGGAAAAUGAUGCAGCGGAAACUUGAGCAUCUGGCAGACUGCGCGCCCAGCAUCGCGCUGGCCGCAUUCUUUCAAUACUAUCAUUUCGAUGGAAACCGUAGUUGUGUGCAACAGAAUUGCGUGGUUUUCGAGGAGUUUUGUCGUGAUGCAAUGAUUGAGGAUGAGGAUGUCAAAUCACUAAUAUGCAAUCUACUGGGACGGAAAACACCCGAUAAUGAGGUAACAUGGUGCCAUGAUGACGAGGCUAACUUGUUGCAAGAUGUGGAUCUGGUUGUGUUGGCCGCUCCACCGGAGGAGUAUAAACACUACACGCAGCUGCUACGUUACGAGUAUGCGAAUAUGAGCGAUGAGAACUAUAAGAUGAUGCGUGUCAAGGUACUUGAAACUUUGUUACUGAUUCCAAGCAUAUAUGCCACGCCCAGCUAUCAUGAGAAGUACGAGGAACGUGCACGGGCGAAUAUACGACAGGAGAUAAGCGAAUUAAAGAAAUAGGCAUAUUAAUUUAUCGGCUGAAACUUACAUACAUACUUCUACCUUCAAUUUAUAAAUGUUUUAUUCAGGGCUAUCGACGGACUAGUUAGUUUUGCUGUUAGUGAUUUGUUAAAUUUCUUAGCUAGCCAAUUUACUUGCAAUACUACACAUGAUUUUUAUGAUGACUCCAACUGCCCAAAACUUAUAAUCCGUUUACAGAAAAAAGUCCAAUUACAACUAAAAGUCGAGAUUAUUCAGCUUAAUAUUAACAUAAUGUACCUCAGCUUAGGGUAUGGUACAAUAAAAGCAUGUAUUGUAAACAUAGGAUUGCAUAUACGUAAUUGAUGUCUGUUAAAAAAAAAAAAGAAAAUAUGAAUAAAGUCAAUGUAUAUAACAAGAAAACAAUUGUUUUACUUAAACCAUCUCGAAAGAAACUAAGAAAUUAAUCCGCAGUAAGUACAUAAAAGAAAUAACAAUACAAGGUAUAAAUGAA